AUGGACUGGUGGGAAGAGAUCACGACGAGACAAGCCGAUAUCAUUCUCGCCAACUCAAGAUUUACAGCUCGCAUCUUUAAGUCUUAUUUCCCCUCCAUCUCCCAAACACCACGCGUCGUAUACCCUGGAAUCAAUAUUUCCGCAUAUGAAGAUGCAGUAGACUUACUCGACCUUGAUACAGUCGCCGUCACCUCGCAACGCCCAACACUUCUCUCAUUAAACAGAUUUGAAGGGAAAAAGAACGCGUUGCUUGCUCUGGAGGCGUUUGGCUUAUUGAAGAGCAGACAUCCACACCUUGGCCGCCUACGCCUUGUUCUUGCGGGUGGAUAUGAUCCUAGGCUGGAAGACAAUGUCCGUACUCUGCAACAGCUCGUUGACCGCACAUCAACACUUUCAUUAACUUAUAAUGUCACUUCUCCUGGUCCCAUACCUUAUGGCAUGAGCUCGUCUGAUUCAGAAACAGAUGUCCUCUUUGUGCUCAAUUUUACGACAUCGCAGCGGACAGCAUUAUUACUCUCGUCGAGUUCACUGGCGUUGCUGUACACACCCGCUAAUGAGCACUUUGGCAUUGUGCCUGUAGAAGCUAUGGCAUGCGGCAUUCCUGUUUUGGCCUGCGACUCCGGAGGUCCAACAGAAAGCGUCGUUGAUGCUUCUCUGGUCAAGGAAGAAGGCACCGGGUGGCUCCAACGGCCAGACCCACAGGUGUGGGCGGACACAUUGCUGGAGAUAGUAAACCAGUCUCCCUCUGAGCGGGAGGAAAUGGCGCAGAGAGCGAAAGCGAGGGCGCGGUCGCUAUUUGGUAUGGAGGCGAUGACGCGAGGACUGGAUGACGCCCUCCAGCAGGCGGUAGACUUGGGUCCGGUGGAUGUUUUUGGAUGGACGAUGAUUGUGAUUGCGUUUUUCCUAGCAUACCUAGCUGGCCCUUUCUUGUUACCUUGA